AUGAAAGAGACUGUAAUUGACAUCGCUCCCAAGAAGAUUAAAGGGAUCAGCUUCUCAGCGCUGAGUGCAGCCGAUAUCGUUUCUCAAUCUGAAGUUGAGAUCUCUACAAGGGAUUUAUUUGAUCUUGAUAAUGGUAGAUCAGCGAAGGAGGGCGGUGCGUUAGACCCCAGAAUGGGUGUUUCUUCUUCGCAGGCAGAGUGUACUACGUGUCACGGUAAUUUAGCUUCAUGCCACGGUCAUUUCGGUCAUAUCAAAUUGGCGCUUCCUGUGUUCCAUGUUGGUUAUUUUAAGGCUACGAUUCAAAUAUUACAAAGUGUCUGCAAAGGAUGCGGCGCCCUGUUACUUUCAGAAGAAGACAAACGUAAGUUCUUAACGGAGUUACGUCGUCCAGGUAUGGAUAACUUGAGAAGAAUGAACAUCUUAAAGAAAAUCCUAGAUCAGUGUAAAAAACAGAGACGCUGUUUUGAAUGUGGUGAAUUGAACGGUGUAGUUAAAAAAGCAGCGGCAGGUUCUGGGUCUGCUGCUUUGAAAAUCAUUCAUGAUACUUUCCGCUGGGUUGGUAAGAAAUCUGCACCAGAGAAGGAACAAUGGAUUGGAGAUUGGAAACAAGUCUUGGAAAACAAUCCUGAAUUGGAACGUUAUGUGAAAAGAUGUAUGGACGAUUUAAAUCCAUUGAAAGUAUUGAAUCUAUUCAAACAGAUUAAACCGAAUGACUGUGAAUUGUUAGGUAUCGAUUCCACCAGCAAAUCAGGAAGACCGGAAACGUAUAUAUGGAGAUAUCUACCUGCUCCUCCAGUUUGUAUUCGUCCCUCUGUUAUGAUGCAAGAUUCACCAGCUUCGAACGAAGAUGAUCUAACGGUAAAACUAACGGAAAUUGUAUGGACUUCGUCUUUGAUUAAAGCCGGCUUAGAAAAGGGUAUAUCAAUUAAUAACAUGAUGGAACAAUGGGAUUAUUUGCAGCUUGCCGUAGCGAUGUAUAUUAACUCCGAUUCAGUUAAUCCAUCUAUGCUUCCGGGCUCUUCAGGAACUAAAUCAAAACCCAUCAGAGGCUUUUGUCAAAGAUUGAAGGGUAAACAGGGUAGAUUUAGAGGUAAUUUAUCUGGUAAGCGUGUUGAUUUUUCAGGUAGAACUGUCAUCUCUCCGGAUCCUAAUCUAUCUAUUGACGAAGUUGCCGUCCCUGAUAGAGUGGCUAAAAUUCUUACUUAUCCAGAAAAGGUCACUCGUUACAAUAAGCAUAAACUUCAACAGUUGGUUAUUAAUGGUCCCAAGGUACACCCUGGUGCAAAUUAUUUAUUAAAGAAAAAUGAAGAUGCUAGACGGAACUUACGUUACGGUGAUAGGGUUAAACUAGCUAAACAACUACAAUAUGGGGACGUUGUUGAAAGGCAUAUCGAAGAUGGUGAUGUGGUCCUAUUUAACAGACAACCUUCUUUGCAUAGAUUAUCUAUUUUGUCGCAUUAUGCUAAGAUUCGUCCUUGGAGAACAUUCAGAUUAAAUGAGUGUGUUUGUACACCAUACAAUGCGGAUUUUGAUGGUGAUGAAAUGAAUUUACAUGUUCCGCAAACAGAAGAAGCUCGUGCCGAAGCAAUAAAUUUGAUGGGUGUCAAAAAUAAUUUAUUGACACCAAAAUCUGGUGAACCGAUCAUUGCAGCAACUCAAGAUUUCAUAACUGGUUCAUACUUAAUUUCCCAUAAAGAUUCUUUCUUUGACCGUGCGCAAUUAACACAACUAUUAUCUAUGAUGUCCGACAGUAAUCUUCAGUUUGAUAUUCCUCCGCCAUCUAUCAUGAAACCUCACUAUUUAUGGACAGGAAAACAAGUCUUUUCAUUAUUAAUAAAACCUAGCAGGAAGUCUCCUGUAGUCAUCAACCUGGAUGCUAAAAACAAAGUUUACCUGCCGCCUCCUAAGAAAGAAUAUCCAAACGAAAUGUCACAGAAUGAUGGUUUUGUAUUAAUCAGAGGGUCCAAUAUUCUUUCGGGAGUGAUGGAUAAAUCGGUUCUUGGUGAUGGUAAAAAACAUUCUGUAUUCUACACAAUUUUGAGAGAUUAUGGUCCAAAUGAGGCCGCACAAGCCAUGAAUAGAAUGGCUAAGCUUUGUGCCAGAUAUUUGGGUAAUAGAGGGUUUUCUAUUGGUAUCAAUGAUGUCACACCGGGAAGCGAUUUAAAACAAAAGAAGGAACAAAUGGUUGAAAGUGCAUACGCUAAAUGUGACGAAUUGAUUGACCUUUUCAAUAAAGGUAAAUUGGAAACUCAACCGGGUUGUAAUGAAGAGCAAACAUUGGAAGCCAAGAUUGGUGGUCUCUUAUCGAAAGUCAGAGAAGAAGUCGGUGAAGUGUGUAUCAGAGAACUAGACAACUUGAAUGCUCCGUUGAUUAUGGCAACUUGUGGUUCCAAGGGUUCCACUUUGAACGUGUCGCAGAUGGUUGCAGUCGUCGGUCAACAGAUUAUUUCUGGUAAUCGUGUUCCGGAUGGUUUCCAAGAUCGUUCAUUGCCCCACUUCCCUAAGAACUCUAAAACUCCUCAGUCGAAAGGUUUUGUUAGAAAUUCUUUCUUUUCAGGCCUUUCUCCCCCAGAAUUCUUAUUCCACGCAAUUUCAGGUCGUGAAGGUCUUGUGGAUACUGCUGUUAAAACAGCUGAAACUGGUUAUAUGUCCCGUAGAUUGAUGAAAUCAUUGGAAGAUUUGUCUUGUCAAUAUGAUAAUACUGUUAGAACGUCUUCCAAUGGUAUUGUUCAAUUUACAUAUGGUGGGGAUGGUUUAGAUCCGUUGGAUAUGGAAGGUAACGCACAACCAGUGAAUUUCAACAGGUCAUGGACACAUGCGAAUAACCUAACCUUAAAUGACAAUUCUCCUGGUCUGCUUCCUUAUCAGAUUAUUGCUGAAACCAAUGUCAUUCUACAACCACUUGAAAACAAAUUGAAAAGAUACGACAAUAUUGGGCAGGAACUUAGAAAGGAAGACGAGCAUAAGGACGAAUAUAUCGAUCAAUUUGACGCUGAAAGAUCCUUCUAUCAAUCGUUACGUGAAUUUAUGACGGAAAAGGCCCUGACUCUUGCUAGUUUGAGAGGAGAAAGAGGCUUGAAGGAGCUUGUAGACGAACCAGCUGAAGAGCUACGGGAGUUCAACUGGGAUGAAAACGUUCCAGCUUCUAUAACCAUUGCGUUGAACCAACUUUGUAAGAUAUCGAAGAUUCUCGUUCAAAAGUUUUUGAGCAUAGCGAUUUCAAAGUACCACAGAGCAAGAGUGGAACCAGGUACAGCAGUCGGUGCAAUUGGUGCACAAUCUAUAGGUGAGCCUGGUACUCAAAUGACAUUAAAAACUUUCCAUUUUGCUGGUGUUGCUUCUAUGAAUGUCACCCUUGGUGUUCCACGUAUCAAAGAAAUUAUCAACGCUUCCAAAGUUAUUUCUACGCCCAUUAUCAAUGCAGUUCUUGUUAAUGAUAACGACGAAAGAGCCGCAAGAGUGGUUAAAGGUAGAGUCGAGAAAACUCUUUUGUCAGAUGUUUCGUUCUACGUCCAGGACAUAUACCGGGAUAACAUGGCGUUCUUGCAGAUCAAGAUUGACUCUGAAACUAUAGAGAAAUUGCAACUUGAACUAACUUUAGAAGACAUUGUAGUUGCUAUUGCCAAAGCUCCAAAGCUCAAAAUCGGUACGAAUGAUAUAUCGAUUAUCGGCAAAGAUAAAAUUAAUAUAGCUGUGAGCUCAGACGGAAAAUCUAUGAAAUCCAUAUCAACUGCUAUGAAGGAACCCGAACCAAAUGAAGUAUUUUACAGAAUGCAACAACUCCGUCGUGCUCUUCCUCAUAUUGUCGUUAAAGGUUUCAGCGACAUUUCUAGGGCUGUUAUCAAUAUUCGCGAUGACGGGAAAAGAGAAUUAUUAGUCGAAGGUUAUGGAUUAAGAGACGUAAUGACCACGGACGGUGUGAUAGGCUCCAAAACUAAGACUAACCAUAUUCUUGAAGUCUACGAUGUUUUGGGUAUUGAAGCAGCAAGAUCAUGUAUUAUUAAUGAAAUCGAUUACACAAUGAGUAAUCAUGGUAUGAGUGUUGAUCCUCGUCACAUCCAGUUAUUGGGUGAUGUUAUGACAUACAAGGGUGAAGUUCUAGGUAUUACCAGAUUUGGUUUGGCUAAGAUGAGAGAUUCGGUUCUUCAAUUAGCAUCCUUCGAGAAGACAACUGAUCAUUUAUUCGAUGCUGCGUUCUAUAUGAAAAAUGAUGCUGUGGAAGGUGUUUCAGAGUGUAUCAUUUUGGGACAAACCAUGUCAAUUGGUACAGGAUCAUUUAAAGUUGUUAAAAACACGGUAGUGGGAGAAAAUGACCUCACACCUAAACCAACACUAUUCGAGACCCUGUGUGAUACUGUAGUAAAAGCUAACUAG